CCAGUUUUAGUUUCUCGUGCGCACCAGAUAGCCUACUUUCUCGUGCGCACCAGUUUCUCUUGCGCACCUGAUACUUUCUCGUGCGCACCUGAUAUUGUCUCUAUUUUUGUGUUGAUGUUAAAGAGAUGGCUGGCGAAGAUUUAAUAAACUUUUUGAAAACCCGAAAUAUUCCCGACAAUGUCGCCGAAAAACUGAAGGAAGAUAAGAUUGAUAUUAACGUCAUAAAUGUGAUGACCGAUGAGGAGCUGGGACAAUAUAUUGUGAAAUAUGGAGACCGACUCGCAGUAAGAGCAUUUUGUCAGCAAAGAAGUGAGAGUUUCCAAACUCCAGGAGUGAAGUCCGCCCUCAUGCAGCGAGUACGUCAAAAACUGACCGAACAGAGAUCUGCUGGAAGCAGUAGACCGCGGCCUUUUGGCAAUCAACACGCCGCAAAAGAUAAUAGACGGGUCGAAAUUGGAUGGCUACAUUUUAACAACGGAGAUUUUCACCAGGUUCGAACAAGACAUGGAGGAGGAACAAGACACUUGAGUGUCCAGAAAACUGUCACAAUGGGGGAACUGUUGGAAAUGGGAAAAAGCCUGUUCUUUCCAAAUGGAAAAUCUCCCAAAGGGUCAGCGGAGGAUUUCGUCUUUGACAUACGUGAUUUUAGUCAUGAGAACGUUCCACUUGAAAGCACAGUUAACCAACUGUAUGAGCAGACCAAGGUAAAAAUGCUGCGAAUUUACACCUGCUCUCGAGAAAAAGAAAAAAUAUCUACUGAUGAGCAGUUGUCAGAUAUAUCUUCGGAUUUUGAGGACGCAGAGGACACGCAGAGAAAGGACAGGACAAUCCAGAGGCAGUCUGCAAGGAAACGAAGACGAAGAUACCAUGACAGGACAACCAAUGACCAAAAGAAUCAACCAGGGAUAUCUGCAGAGUCCGAUGUGAUACCCACUUUUUCAGCACGUGAAGAACAUGGAGAAACAGACAAUUCAAGCAAGCAAUCCCAGUCACCUUCUCUUGAAAUAAUCUAUGAAGAAAUCCUGGAUUCUUCAUUUGAAGCUGCUGGAACCCAUCCUCAAGAAGCUCCAGACAAUCCAGAAGCUGAGGAUGAUUGUUUAAUUCUAUCCCACACUGAAGAUGCAGAUGAAGCUCUUCAGUUUCCCCCAGUCAUGGCUAUUAAUGUAUCUGCUGAAGAUCUUGAAAUUCAAUUUGGCCCAGUUUCCAGUCAUGAUGAAGAGAGCCUAGACUCCACCCUUCCUUGGAACCAAGAUGACAUUAACUCCUCUCAGCACUCAAGACAGAAUGAUGGAGCUGCAUCAUUGCACAGUAGCUUUGCACAACCAGGCCAAUAUGACAAAGAAAUUCACUGUGUUCAGAUUAGACGAAUUAACGUUGUUAGUGAUCUCAUAAACAUUUUUAUGGAACCAGGAGUUAUGAAUGUUCAGCUAAAAGUGGAACUCAAAAAUGAAAAAGCUUUUGACAGUGACGGUGUGUCAAGAGAGGUGUACUCAGCUUUCUGGGAACGUUUCUUAGAGCUGUGUGAGGGAGAGGAUGAACGAGUACCCAGGCUUCGACCAGACUUCACUGAAAAGCACUGGGAAGCGGUUGGAAGAAUUUGGUUAAAAGGAUACUUGGACCAUAACAUGAUACCGAUCCAAUUGUCUCCAGCUUUUAUCCUUGCCUGCUUUCAGGGGGUUAGUUCAGUGGAUGAAGAACUGCUGAUGAUGUCCUUCCAUAGGUUCAUUUCAGCACAUGAACGGCUGGCAGUAGACAAAGCUCUACAAGGAAACGUGGAUGAAGAUGUUGAGGAGGACUUGCUUGACCUAUUUUCAAGGAUGGGCUCACACAAUGUGCCUACUAAAGAAAAUGUCCAGGCUUCCCUUUCCACAAUUGCACAUAAAGUUCUUCAAGAACCAAAAUUUGUAAUAGAUAGUUUCCACUCCUGUUUUUACAAUGCAGUGCCAUCACUAGCCAGCAAAGAAAAUGUUAUCAAACUUUAUGAUUCAAAGAGAGCAACAAACAAAAAAGUAGCCCAAAUGAUAAAACCAUCAAGUGAAAGCCUAAAUUCACAGGAGCAGACAGCUCUAAACCAUCUUUUGAGGUAUGUUCGAAGCAUUGACCAAAAAAAGCUAGAAAAGUUCUUGCGCUUCUGCACAGGGUCCACAGUGCUAUGCAAAGACACCAUUGAAAUUACAUUCAAUAGGUUAUCUGGCCUAAAUCGAAGAGUAGUGGCACACACAUGUGGAGCUGUCCUUGAGCUGCCAUGCACCUAUGUGUCAUAUCCCGAGUUCAGAACAGAGCUAGACAACAUCUUGGCAGGGGACUGUUUUACGAUGGACAUUCUGUAGCAUUAUGCCCUUCAGUGUUAUUGUCAUUUCAAUUUGAGUCUGAAAAAAUGUGAGUGGAGAAUCCAGGCAAAACUGAAAAAAAAAAUGUUUGUUAGAAUUGCCUGUAAAACACACAAUGCAAAGCUGUAGGAGUAUUACAUUACACCACCUUAAAAUAAAUUAGAAGUAACAAAAAGUUCAGAGUCUGUUUACGUUUAUUUUUGACAGCUCUACAAACCAAAAGCUUGAUUCAAAACAAUGAUUUAGUUAAUCACAGUAGUUCGAUGUUCUGUUUCUGUAUUAAAAACUGCAAUUGUAAAGUUAACUUCUUUUCAGAAAUCCCUGUUUUACCAUUUUCAAAAGGAGAAAUGUACUUUCCCAGUUUAAGAAUUAAGCAAAUUGUAAAACUGAUUUCAUCCCUGUAUUUUUUUUGUACCACAGAACCCGAUGAAGGGCAAGAUAUUGACAAAAACAAUGUCAAUUUUUUGUUUUAUAGGUGAUGAUAACUUUCAGUUUUGUUCAGAAGAUUUUCAUAUCCAAAGUAACAUUUUGACUGUUAUGUGAACAAAUAAACGCACAAAUGUUCAACUUGCCACUGAGUUUCUUUUUGAAUAAGGGUCAGGUUUAUGAAUAAACUCAGAAAAAAGGAACUAUAUUUGCCUUAUUAAAUAAGCAAGGUCAUA